GUGACCUUUCACAUUCACUUUUUUUACAAAGAGAAUCCCUUUUACAGCUCACUUCACCCUUCCUUUCAACUACUAGGGACCAGCCCUGACCAGAUUACCAAACAUGAACGCAUCUUGACCUUUCUUAAAUCACAUAGCUGAUAAAACAAGCUCAAAAUGCCACUUUCAAAAGCAAGAUAUUCAGAGAGAUGUGCCAUUCACCAAGUUCCCAAUAUUUCCUCAUCUACGGUGCUCUCCGAUGAAAUAACAAUGUCUACCACUGAACAUAUUGAUGGAUAUGAUAGCUCUUCAGACGGGUCUGAUGGAAAUAAUGAGCAAAUAUCCGCCCAGUCGCUCCUCUCGCAGAAGCGGAGAAUUCAGAAUGACAAGUUCGAGGCUUUGCUUUCUGAACGGGCUGACACAAGCCCUAGCAAUAAUACUAGACCUACACCUGCCGACUUGCCUGAUGCCCGGCUUUCUACGGCAAGCCUGGUAGCGAAACAAGAUGCUGGGGCUGGGAUGCUUGACCCGAGGGAAUACCAGGCAGAACUCUUUGAAAGGGCAAAGUCACAGAAUACCAUUGCUGUUCUCGAUACAGGCUCUGGUAAAACUUUAAUCGCAGUGCUUCUGCUAAAGCACAUUAUUCAAAAUGAGCUAAUCGAUCGUGCGAAUGGCAGACUGCCUCGUAUUUCCUUCUUUCUUGUGAAUAGCGUAACGCUCGCGUUUCAACAAACGGCCGUCUUGCGGAACAAUCUUGAUCAGAAGGUUGCACAUUUUUUCGGUGCAAUGGGUACCGAUCUUUGGAGCAAACAGACCUGGGACAAGUACUUUGAGAAUAAUAUGGUGGUAGUUUGUACUGCAGAGAUCUUGAAUCAGUGUCUCCUCAACUCCUACGUAAGAAUAGAUCAAAUUAACCUACUCAUUUUCGAUGAAGCCCAUCACACGAAGAAGGACCAUCCUUAUGCACGGAUUAUAAGAGAAUCCUACCUCAAGGCAGACCCGACAGAGCGUCCAAGAAUCUUUGGAAUGACAGCGUCCCCCAUAGACACCAAAGGUGAUAUUGUAGAAUCAGCUACGAACCUGGAGACUCUCUUAGACAGCAAGAUUGCCACGACAUCGAAGCUCACUUUGUUAAGGCAAGUUGUUAGACGUCCGAUCGAGCAAGUAUGGGAAUAUGACAAGCUCGAUCUACCAUUUGCGACCAAGCUAUAUCAGAUCAUGCAAAACCGCUUUGGCGACAUUAGCUCAUUGCAGCCUGUGUUCAGAUUUACUCUGCAGGCUAGUUCCGAGCUCGGUCCAUGGUGCGCGGAUCGGGCAUGGGUGCACGCUCUAGCAGACGAUGUGUUACCCAAACUCCAAGGCAACGUGGGAAAGCUCACUCACUCUGGCACCUCAUCGCAGGUUUCUGAGAGCGCUCACAAGGAGAUAUCGAGGAUCCAGGAAGCCAGCGAUAUUGUCAAGGAUCAUUCGUUCAAUAGCCCCAAUGCUCCAGGUGAACUAAGCCCUAAAGUGCAGGUUCUUCGAAAAGAGCUCACGAAACAUUUUGAGCAUCCAAAAGAGACAAAGUGCAUCAUUUUUACACAAAAGCGCUACACUGCGAAGAUGUUGUUCGACCUCUUCAACACUUUGGAAAUACCUUACCUGCGACCUGGCAUUCUUAUUGGUGUCCGAUCCGGCGGCAUUGUCGGAAUGAACGUGUCGUUCCGCCAACAGUUUCUCGCUUUGGUGAAAUUCAGAAGUGGUGAGAUUAAUUGCUUGUUUGCUACUUCCGUAGCUGAAGAAGGGCUCGAUAUCCCUGACUGUAACCUUGUCGUUAGAUUUGAUUUAUACCAAACUCUUAUACAGUAUGUGCAAAGUCGUGGCCGCGCUAGACAUUCAAGUUCAGUGUAUGCAACCAUGGUUGAAAGGUACAAUGCUGAUCAUGAGGCACGACUAAUGGAUGUGAGGGAGGCUGAGAAAAUUAUGCAAAGCUUUUGUGAAACACUUCCUGAAGACCGAAUAAUCCGUGGAAUUGAUAGUGAUUUGAACUCAAUCCUCCAGAAUGAAGAUGAGAAGCGGACAUUUACAAUCCGGGCCACAGGCGCAAAACUGACGUACCAUUCUGCCCUUGCUAUUCUUGCACGCUACGCUAGUUCCUUGCAAUACGAAAAGGAAACAUCGGCCCAGGUGGCAUAUGUGGUGCUACCACAGAACAAUAAUUUCGUCUGUGAAGUUAUUCUACCAGAAAAGUCUCCUGUCAGAGGGCUUACCGGCAGCCCAGCACCUAAGAAAUCCACUUCUAAGAAGUCCGCGGCCUUUGAUGCUUGUGUCUUGCUCCGAAAACACAAAUUGCUUGAUGAUCAUUUCAACUCGGUCUAUCAUCGACGCCUGCCUGCCAUGAGGAAUGCGAGACUUGCCAUCACUUCAUCGCGGACAAAUUUAUAUGGCAUGCUAUUGAAGCCUUCAUUUUGGGGAAAGCAGCAAGGUACGCUUCCAGGCACGAUAUAUGCAACCACUAUAUCAUUCAUACCCUCGGAGCCACUCACUCGCCAACGUGGAAGUAUGAUUCUGUUCACUCGCGAGAGAUUACCGAAUUUCCCAUCAUUCACUAUCUUCCUGGAUGAGGAUAUAGAGACUACGGUCGCUACCGAAUCUCUGGAGGGAGCCUUGCAGUUAUCCAGUCAAGAAUUGGAUUAUUUGACAACGUUUACCCUUCGUGUCUUCCAUGAUGUGUUUCAUAAGACUUAUGAUAGGGAACCUGAAAAUUUGCCAUACUGGAUUGCGCCAGCUAGGACUAAAAAGCCCAAGAAAGCCAAUAAUCUAGAAAGUCUGACGGACUGGGAACUGCUUCUUUUUGUGUACGACAAUGAGGAAGUGCCUUUCCCUCAGGAGAAAUCAUCGAAGGCUAUGAUCAAUCGCUUUGUAUUUGAUAGAUGGGAUGGGAGGUACCGAUACUUCACUUUAGCCGUUGACGAUACUUUGCGCCCUUCAAGCCCGCCACCAUCCUCUGUGCCACGCCGUAGGUAUAUGGAAAACAUCAUGAACUAUAUAUUAAGCGGUUCCAAGAAUGCACGGACUGCCUUCCUCAUGAAAUGCAACUGGGCCCAGCCAGUCUUCCAAGCCGAGUUGGUUCGACUUCGGAGAAACCUUCUGGACAAAAUGACAGAAGCCGAAAAAGACGUUGAAACCAGAUGUUUUAUCUGUAUAGAGCCACUCAGGAUUUCCGCUAUCCCUCCGGAGAUCGCUGCUUCUUGCCUUGCUUUUCCGGCCAUAAUAAGCAGGAUCGAUGCAUAUCUAAUUGCGCUAGAGGGCUGCGAAGAACUGGAAUUAAUCGUUAAGCCCAACUAUGCGCUGGAGGCUUUCACGAAAGAUUCUGAUAACACAGAGGAGCAUCGGUUGCAACAGAUCCAUGUUCAAAGAGGGAUGGGGAAGAACUAUGAGCGUCUUGAAUUCUUGGGAGAUUGUUUCCUCAAAAUGGCAACGUCCAUUUCCCUCUUCGUGCAGAACCCAGAUGAUGACGAGUUCGAUUUUCAUGUUAAUCGAAUGUGUCUCAUAUGCAACAAGAAUCUCCUCAAUUCAGCCUUGAGGAAGGGGCUUUAUCAGUAUAUCCGCAGUCGAGGCUUCUCAAGGCACACGUGGUACCCUGAUGGCUUGACCUUGUUGCAUGGUAGGGAUCACAGUAAGAAGGUCUCCGCGGAGAGCAAACAUGCACUUAGAGAGAAAACAGUCGCAGACGUUUGUGAAGCUUUGAUUGGAGCCUCAUUGCUCUCAGGUGGGCCUGACCACCGAUUCGAUAUGGCUGUCAAAGCGGUCAGUGCUGUUGUCGACAGCACCAAUCAUAAGGCCUCAUGCUGGAAAGCAUAUAUUGCGUCUUACGUGCUGCCUAAGUACCAGACCCAAACUCCAGAUGGGUAUGAAUUGGAUCUUUGCCGCAAAGUCGAGGAGAGUUUGGGAUAUCGAUUCAAAUAUCCUCGUCUCUUGCAUUCGGCUUUUAUUCAUCCAUCAUAUCCUUCGGCAUGGGCCAAAGUGCCAUGCUACCAAAGGCUCGAAUUCCUAGGGGACUCUCUGCUAGAUAUGGUUUGCGUAGAGUACUUAUUCUAUCGAUUCCCAGACAAAGAUCCACAAUGGCUGACAGAGCACAAAAUGGCGAUGGUGUCGAACAAGUUCCUCGGGGCUUUGGCUGUUAAGCUAGGGCUCCAUACACAUCUCAGGCAUUUCAGUAACCCGCUGCAAUCGCGAAUCACACAUUAUGCCGAGGAGAUCCAAGCUGCAGAAAACGAAAGCGAUGGCGCAGUUGAUUAUUGGAUGGCUACCAAGGACCCGCCCAAGUGCUUGCCGGACUUGGUUGAAGCUUAUCUAGGUGCUGUCUUUGUCGACUCGAGCCUCACUUUUGAGGUGGUGGAAGACUUUUUUCAGCGCCAUGUGAAAACAUAUUUCCACGAUAUGACAAUAUAUGACACCUUUGCUAACAAACACCCGACCACCUUUUUGCAGAAUAGACUGCUCAACGAGUACGGUUGCACGAAUUAUUGCCUUAAAGCCGGGGAGAUACCCCCUGUAGAUGGGGAUACCGGCAGUGUCCUGGCAGCUGUCAUCGUACAUGACGUUGUUAUUGCAGAGGCAACAGCAUCUUGCGGCCGUUACGCUAAGGUUAAAUCAAGUGAGAAAGCAUUGAAUAUCUUGGAGAAUAUAACGUCGUCUGAAUUUCGCGAGCAAUAUCACUGCGACUGCAGAAGGGCAAGCGAUUCGCAACCUGGGGAUAUCGGAACAGCGAUUUGA